AUGGAGGCAUCUCUGUUCACAUACUCCUCAACCUCUCGAAGAGUCGUUCCUGCCCCAAACUCUCCUCCACUUCCAAUUCACAUCAAGGCAACCAAUGUCGUCUUCAACCCUGACAUUCUAGAGGUUCAUCGAGGUCUUGGACUCGAUGAUUUCAUCAAUUUCUUGGCUUCUUGCCACCUUCGAUAUGCAAUCAGUGAUGUACCGUCCGAGUUCUUCCCUGAACAAGUAUGUGAGUUUUACUAUACUGCAACAGUUAAUGAAGAAAACAAUGCCAUCACCGGAACCAUUGGUCAUGGCAGACACUCUGUCUUCAUCACCGCAGAACUACUCAGUGCUGCUUUAAGGUUACCAAUUUUCGAACCCUUUUCUGAACCUCCAACUAUUGAAAAAUGUAAACGAAUAUUUGAUCAACUGGGCUAUGAUCAUUCAAAGGCUGGUACUCGAUCAGCUCUUAUUUUGCGUCAGUGCAUGACCCCAGGCUGGAAGUUUUUCACUGGUGCUUUAUGCAAGUGUGUGGGUCACAAGUCUCGUAGUGGUGAUCAAUUGAGCAAUUAUGAGCAACAAGUCGUCUGCCCCCUUCUUCUCAACAAAAGAUUAGAUUAUGGGGCACUAUUCUUUGAUCAGCUUGUUCAGCUUCUACGUGCAAAUGUGCGUGCUGAUCAUGUUCCCUUUCCAUGCUGGAUUGCCCUGGUGUUCGACAAAUUCUUCGCUGCUGACUACUUUUCUGACUCUGGGAAUCCAAUCCAAUGCCCUCGAAUGUCCGUUCGUAUGUAUCAGGAUGAUCCUUUGGAUACUGACAUUGGAAUCUCUGAUAGGAUGAGAGAAUGGAUUGCCAAUCCAUACACUAUGCCUUCUCUCUCCGCUGACACUGAUGAAGGAGGUGCUGAUGGUAAUCGUAUGGAUCGUGCUGAUCAAGAGGUGGAACAUGAUGAUGGCGGCCAUUUCUCCCCUCAUCUUUCUCAUCACCUCACCUCGGCCACUGGCAACGACUCCUCAGCACCACAGGAUUCCAUGCCUCUGGGGGGCAACCAUCACAGGGGGAGCAUCAGUCUCAGGGGGAGCAUCCAUCACCAGCAGCUCACCACUUCUCUCCAAGGAUGCAACCUAGCUCUCCAGUUGCCCCAGCGUCUGCUUCGUAUUGAGGCUGAUGUUCAACAAAUCAAGGAGGUUCUCUUACUUACUCCUCCUUCUAGUCCCAAAUCUAAUGAUGUUCAAAAAGGGGGAGACACUGAUAAUGAUGCUGAUGCUGAUGGUGAACCAAAUGCUCAUGCUGAUGGUGAACCAAAUGAGAAAGACACAGAACCUACUGACAACACUAUCUUUCAGCAUGAAUCACCCAACCCCAUUCAUGAAUCUGAUUCUGCGGGGCAUAAUAGUCCAGCAGCUACUGAAAAAUUGUUUGAAGACAGUGAGCAUGAUGAAGAGCAUGAUGAACCUGAUGAUGAAUGUCAAAUUCUUGACAUUAACUUCAUUGAUCCUCUCAUUCCAGUUCAGCAAGAAAGCUUAGAUGACCUUGAAGAAUCUCAUCCGAUAUUAGCCGAUCCUAUUGCUGAUUCCAUCAUUCCGGUCCAAGGAGAGGAUUCAGACAUUGCUAGUGAUGAAUCUCAUCCGCUAUCUCGAAAGCAGAAGGCCAAGGGAUCUUUUGAAGCUCAGAUGCAGAAGUUCCUGGAAUUUUAG